UCAUGACGUCAUUAGAUAAAUUUUCAAGACGUUGCUGUUGCUGUGUACAAUCAGAAAAGCAGGGUUCUUUGUCGUGUUUACAUUGUCAACAAAACAGCAAUGAAGGUAGUUUUCAAGUGAUAGAGACGUCUUGUUAAAAAUAUGCAGCAAUCAUUUAACACAGCAGGGACCAUCCAAAAUGCAAACACAGAUGAAGAGGAACCACCUCCUAGCUAUGACUCUGUGGUGGCGUCGGCUGGAACAGGGGAGCCACCCCCAUCAUAUCAAAGUAUUUUUGGAGAAAUGCAAAGGACAAGAAAGGAAUCAAAUGGUUUUUUAGACUUUCUGAAAAAUUUGGCAAUUCUUCUUUUUAGUACCUUGGGAUGCAUAAUUGGUCUUGCCGUCUUGGUUUCAAUUCCAAUAACCUGCAUUGUCUUGGGUGUACAGUUCAGGUAUGAGUGUCCAAUUCAGCCAAAGAUCCCGUUGUUCUUGAUUGUUUUUGGAGCUUUUGGGGUUUUGCGAAACUUGAGCAUGAUCUUCAACAGUGGAAAGAAAAGAUUUACAGAUGAGCAGGAAAACCAAGAAAGGGAAGAUGCAAAAAAAUCCUCUUUUGAAGGCUUAAUUGACUGUUUUUUGAUCGCAUGGUUUAUCUGCGGAAAUGUUUGGGUUUACCGAAACUAUAAACCAGACUACAAUAACGUGAACAGUGACAAAUAUUGUCACCCAACCCUUUAUCUAUUCGCUUUUUGGCUAAACACAGCAAUUUACAUUGUCAUCGGCACUUCUUGUUGCUGCUUUUGCUGUGUCGCUUGUUUGGUGGCUAUGUUCGACGAAAGCUAAAUCCAAGGAGAAAUAGCCUGCUCACAGUUUGAAAUCAUCGCAUCAAAAUACACGAAGAUGAUUCUGUUAAUCAAGAGCGUUAAUCGUUUGUUUAAUAGCUAAAAUUUUUAUUAUUUCUUGUUAAAAAACUCAAAUUAUAAAACUCAAAAGGAUAGAAAUUCAAAGCUGUAACUAGAUACUUGUCUAGUAAAACAGAAGUUAGAUGACCUAAUUAAUGAACUUUUAGAUAAGAAUUUUUCAAGAUCCGUGGCAAAUAUUGCCUUUACCUUUUUUCUAAAGCAUUAGCGUUAACGACUAGAAUAUGCAUAUUUGCUUGAAAGAGAACAGAAAAAGAACAGAGAGGAAGAGUGCACACCUUAUCUUUCGAGUCGUGUCUCUUUCCCUCUCCGUAUCAUACGACGUAACGUUUAAUAUUGAUAUCUACAUUUAGUUGUGUAUUUCAAUUUUUAUGUCAAGGGGCAGAAUUUCCAAAACUGAGGCUGAGCUACUGUAAAAUGUAGUUUUGAACAUCGUUUUAUCUCAAAAACGAGGAUUUCUAGCCAUGUGUGGGUGCUUUUCGGAGAAUAUUCAAACUUGGCGACAAUGAAGGUCGUCUCACUCACUUUUUUGGCAAAUGAGGCCUAAACACCUCCCUAGAGCGAAAAAGCUAGCAAUCGCACUGCUUACACCCUAUUAAUUUGAGCCUCAAAUUUAAAUAACAAAUUAAGAAAAAUCUAGCCUCAGAUUUUCGAAAAAAUUAAGAACAGUCAGCCUGAACUUAAAUUUAUUGGUUCUUAUUUAAAAAAAAGAGACGAAAUUCGGUUUUUGUUUCUAAAAGUAUUUUUCUUUAUUCUAAAGAAGUUUCAUGUCUAAAAAAUUCCAUCAUGGCGUUGCGAACUCUGAGAUGCUCAAUUUAACAAAAUUUCCGCCCCUGCUUUCUGAUCACACCGUUUGUGGCUCCAGCUAAGUUUAUGCCCGUAGAAUGCAAUAUCCACAUUCAAAUAUAGAUGUUAAUUAAUAGAUGAAGUGUAAAAGACGUAUUAUAUACUUUCCUUUGCAAUUUAAUAGAGUUUAAAAGAGAGUAAAUCUUAUAGUCUGUCUUUGA